CUUGACCCAUGACAUCUGAUAAACGUUGUUCUGCCAUCCGCAUCCCUGCCUCAUUGUGCUAAUAUAUUACAUGGUGUCAGAAGUUAAACGGUUAUACAAGGAAAGCGCAACAUUCCGAAACAUGGAACAAAUGAGACCACCAACUACUCUGAACCUAGAGGGAAAUCUAGUGUGGGUCCAGAAAUUCAACCUUUACUAUAUAUCAUCGCCAGUGGCAUCUCCGAGAAAUCCGCCACAUUCCUGCACGUUGCCGGAGAUGAUGGAAGCAAAGUAUUCAAUACUUUCGAUUUUGACGAACGUACUAUGAGCCAAGAAAAACCGCCUCAGGUAAGUCCGAUAUCUUUUUUACGACAGUGCAAGGACAAACAAAGUCAAUUGAUGCGUAUGCGACUGAUCUAAAAAAUGACUUGAGUUUCAACAAUUUACCGAGUCACUGAUACGGGACGGAAUUGUGUGUGAAAUCACAAAUGACCAAGUGCGAGGCAGAUUACUCAGAAACACUGGAAAUAAACAACCACACAUGUACUGUUAAGCUGGAUACAGGAGCUGAAUGUAAAGUCUUGUCCGGGAGAGACUUGAAAACGCUGAAGGUGAAAGUGAGUGGCGAUUCCAUGCAAAAAUCCCACCGCAAACUAGGGACGUUUUCUGGCCACCAGAUAGAUCAAAAAGGCAAGAAAACACUCAACUGCCAAUACAAAGAGAAAGUGUUUGACCUGGAAUGUCAAGUGAUAGAACAAAAUGCACCUGCAAUACUUGGAAGAUCAGCUUGUCUGCAAAUGGGUUUAAUACCGAGAAUAUUCCAGCUUGAACAAAGGACAGACACUGACAUUUUGAGUGAAUAUAAAGAUGUAUUCACAGGACUUGGAUGUGUUCCAGGAGAUAAUAUAUUACACCUUUUUGGUAUUUAAAUCCCAUUUUAGCUCGAAGCGUGUUCGGUUAUCCUACAGACUCAACGAAUUGCUACAUGGUACUUGAAGGAGAAUUGGAGGUUAAUCAUUUAGUACUCUGUUUAGAUUGAGCACAUCUAAACUAAAGCUAUACUUCGUCAUGACAUUAUAAACGGAUGGAUGUGUUCCAGAUGAGGAAGGCCAUCGACUGGCUGAAUUUGGCGGUCUGGGGUGUAGGUCAUUGAUUUGAAAGCGUUAUGAAAUGUGACCGUGUGUAAUCCUGUAUCUCCAGUGACAAUAAUGAUAUAGCUGUGAAGCCUUCUUACACGAUUUCCUGAUUUUUCACAGGCAGACUACUAACACGUUACAUGGGAGGAAAUGUUUUAUUUUACCCACUGAUAGAACAUAGGCUUUCACUAAAUUGACAGGAGUUUCAUGGUUUCAGCAUAGUUGCCGCCUCAUUUUGUCAUUUGGAAAGUGAAAGUAAAAUAGUCCAAACGCUAACCAAGGCAAGGUCAGUUCAUCUCGAUACAUCAAAACUCCUAAGAACAAAUCCAGUGUGUGGGUCUUCCAGUGAGUUGGAGAGGAUUGAGGAACCAUGGCACAGUUUGAAACCUUGAUAUGGACUAUACCUAUUAUAUUGGUGCUUGAAAGCAUCGGGUCCUGUAUUGCAUGUGGUAGAGCUGAGUACAGAAUAGGGGAUGAAUGUUGUCCCGUGUGUUCACCAGGAAAUCGUGUAUAUAAGCAUUGUACUGAAUUCGCCAGUACCAGCUGUGUGCCCUGUGUUGAUUCUACAUUCCUUGAUGAGCCCAAUGGUCUCAUAAAAUGCAAAGUGUGUACCAACUGUGAUGCAGGUUUGAAGGUAAAGCAGCCAUGUAGACCUUCAUCAGACACUGUCUGUGGGACACUGGAGGGGUUCUACUGUCUAGACCCAACUAAGGAUGGUUGUAGAGCAGCCCAGAGACACAGCAGCUGUAAACCUGGUCAAUACAUCAGCCACACAGGAACAACAUCUACAGAUAGUGUGUGUUCUGACUGUACUGGUGAUACCUAUUCAGAUGGAUCAUUUACAUCCUGCCAGACACACACACAAUGUGAUACCUUGAAGCUUCAGCAAAUUAAACCUGGAACUCAUUGGUUCGACUCUGAAUGUGGACCACAAACCUCACCUAUAGCUACAUUAAUAUUUGGUGUGGUGGUGGUACUCGCUGUGAUAGCAGCCGUGACGAUGGCAGCUAUUAUGAAAAGAAGAAGAAAACACCAAAGAUCCUGUAACACGUGAGAUUAUUUUGGGGGAAUUGUACAUUUAUUGUUUAAGUGAGAAAUAUCAAAUAGCGCUAAAUCAAAUCAAACGUUAUUUGUCACAUGCGGCGAAUACAACGGGUGUAAUGCUUGCUAACGAGCCCUUCCAAACGAUACAGUUAAAAAAUAAAUACAAAUAGUAACACAAGGAUUCAGAUAAAAUACACAAGAACGGCGCUAUCUACUCAUUCCAGGGUUUUUCUUCAUUUUUACUAUGUUCUACAUUGUACAAUAAUAGUGAAGACAUCAAAACUAUGAAAUAACACAUACAGUGGGGCAAAAAAGUAUUUAGUCAGCCACCAAUUGUGCAAGUUCUCCCACUUAAAAAGAUGAGAGAGGCCUGUAAUUUUCAUCAUAGGUACACGUCAACUAUGACAGACAAAAUGAGAAAAAAAUAUCCAGAAAAUCACAUUGUAGAAUUUUUUAUGAAUUUAUGUGUGAGAGCGAGAGAGUCAGAGGGAGAGCGAGACUUGAAUGGAACAUGCAGUUUGUCUUGGGUUUUCUUUACCUGUUUUUUUUAUUUUUUUAUUUUUUUUAAACAAAGCAAACAUUUACUUCAUAAUUAUCAGCUAGAUAUGAGAAUCGUAAAUGUAGCUAACCAGAUAGGUCAUUUUUGCCUGUUAAACUAAAAAUAAUAUUUUGCAAGAUGUAAAUUAUUCGUAGCGAUCAAUUAACAGGUGUGCCUUGUUAAGUUAAUUUGUGGAAUUUAUUUCCUUAAUGCGUUUGAGCCAAUCAGUUGUGUUGUGGUAGGGCUAUCUUCUGUAUACCACCCCUAUCUGAAAAAACACAAAGUCCAUAUUAUGGCAAGAACAGCUCAAAUAAGCAAAGAAAAAUGACAUUAAGACAUGAAGGUCAGUCAAUCUGCCUGCAAUAUGAGUUUUGUUAUACUUACAGACACCAUUCAAACUGUUUUAGAAAAUUCAGAGUGUUUUCUAUCCGAAUGUGUUAAUAAUAUGCAUAUCCUAGCUUCUGAGUUGGUGUAGGAGGCAGUUAAAAAUGGGCACAUAUUUUUUUCAAAAUUUCUCAAUACUGCCCCCGAGCCCCAACAGGUUAAUAAGUAGAGGGUCUGCAAUAAAAUGAAUACAAUUAAACCAGCUAACUUUCUUAAUGUUCUUAUGUACAAGUGUCCCAAUGAUGUUAGCUACAUUGUAAAAAUGCUAUUGAAUGAAGCAAAUUGAUUGAAGCAAAAUGUGAAAACUGCAAGGGUGUGAGUAGGUCAGUUUAGUUACGAGGGUAUAAUGAACCUCCUGAUAUUUCAGACGUGUAUUAUUUACUAAAUUCCAAAACAAUUCUUCAUUUCUUUAGAGAUUCCAAACGAGAAGGAUUAUGUUGACAUUCCUUUAAAAAGUGCAUCCUUCCUUGGAGACUUACUGAUUGGACAGGUGAAUUUGCUCCACAUGGGUUUCGCCUGUCAUUUAUACCUCAAGGAAGGAUGGAAGGCAGUGGCGGUCAGUGCCAUUUAAGAUUAGGGAGGACGAUUUCUUUCUUUUUAUGAGCAUGUCCUUAUUUCUAUUACAGCAGAUUGGAUGACUGUCAUUCAUAUUCCAUUCACCCAGCUCAAUGUAACAGGCUAGGCUAGGUUUAGGCUACUACAUAAUACUCUAAUUAUCCCUAUACCCAUCAUGAGAUUGCUACAAUCUAGCCUACAAAUUAAAGUUUACAACGCAGGCGCACAAGUCGAGAGAAAUAUUUGAGUAAUCAAGGUGACUGACAGUGACACAUUGAAUACAACCUUGCACACUCUUGCCUGCAUCUAGCUGAUCUUGGGUGUAAUCAAUAGUCCAAACAGCUACAAACAAGAGUUUCUAUUGGACAAAUUCAAGAAUGUUUACGAUACCCACGGAUAGGGCCAAACAGACAGGAUAUAACCCCACCCACUUUGCCAAAGCACAGCCCCCACACCACUAGAGGGAUAUCUGCAACCACCAACUUACCAUCCUGAAGAGAUGAGUCUUCAAUAAAGACUUAAAAGGUUGAGACCGAGUCUGCGUCUCUCACAUGGGUAGGCAGACCAUUCCAUAAAAAUGGAGCUCUAUAGGAGAAAGCCCUGCCUCCAGCUGUUUGCUU